GCCGGAUGUAGCAGGAAUGUGGUUGUGGUAGUAGCUGUGUCCUUGGUUCUAUAUGAUAAGUUGCAACGUUACCACGAGCUGUGGAUCAUAUUAAACAUAUUAAAUUAUAGCUGAAACUAUUUUGCUGUCGUCCUGCUAUGUGAUUCUCAUUGGAGCCUCAUUCUCACAGCUUAUACAAGUUCAUACAGGACUCACUGGGGAGCUAUGAGCGCUCCAAACUCUAAGCAGAGGAAAGCCUGCUGGGGAGCGAGAGAUGAGCUGUGGAAGUGCCUGGACCUCAACCAAGACAACGCAACCACCUGCGAGAACUAUCGCAAAGAAUUUGAGGCCAAUUGUCCUGCUCAGUGGGUGAAGUACUUCAACAAACGAAGGGACUUCCUGAAGUACAAGGAGAAAAUUGAGAAGGAUGGAUUUGAACCGGCUAAGGAAGCGCCAAAAUUAUAGAUCAUUGAAAAGAUCUAUAUUUGAACUGCACAAAGCCAACACUGGAGUCGAUAAAGGAUCCUAGAUUGUCUUCCGUGGUCAUUUCUGACUAGUGUGAUUUAUAUACAUGUGGGAGGACAAAAGGCUUUAACAAUAAGCAUAAUGAACAGUCCAUAUUUUUGUGAUGUUUAAUGCAGAAACAUAUCAAUUAUGAUUGUUUUAUGUUAUCAUUAUUUUAUUAUAGUUUGUAUAGGUGUUGGUUGCAAAUAAAUGUCCUAUCGUAGUACAUAAUGAAACAGUUCUUAGUAUG